CAGCGUCGCCAGCCUGGCGAGUGCGACACCAGAGCAUUCAUGUGCUGCCUAAUCGGCGCAUAGAGCACCACGGCCCCGCUGAGCUGGAGACACGACAUCUCGAACUACGGACACGAUCCCUCUCUCGACAUUCUUAGCGCACCGCCGCCAUGCCUUCGAUCCUGUCCGACGAGGACAAGCUGACGGUGAAGCGCACCGUACCCAAGUCGGCGAACAAGAUCCACGCCGUCGCUGUUGCCAAGCUGUACAUUGCCUACCCAGACAGGCACAACUGGACAUACACAGGGCUGCAGGGUGCAGCAGUGCUGGCGAACGAUCUGGUUGGCAACACCUUCUGGAUCAAGCUGGUCGACAUAUCAUCUGCCAACCGUGGCGUCAUCUGGGACCAGGAGAUAUACGAUACCUUCACCUACAACCAAGAUCGCGUCUUCUUUCACACCUUUGAGCUCGAAGAGUGCCUAGCAGGACUGUCGUUCGCGGACGAGAAGGAGGCUAAGACGUUCAAGAAGAAGCUGGAUGACCGCGAAAAGAACGCCCACAAGAACACAAAGAACAAGCCGUUCGGCGCAGCAGCAGGAAGCAGUGGACCGGUCACAAAUGGAAAGAGUCAUGGACACGGCCUCCUGGGAGGCUUGUUCGGUCACCGGCAUUCCUCGAACCCUGCGCCGCCGCCGCAGUCCAUCAUACCUCCGUCCGCGGUGAGCGUCGUAUCACCUUCUCAAAGUAGCCAUUCCAAUGCCACAAGCGCACGAAGCUCCGCAAUCGAUACUACAGACCCGUCAUGGCAGCCGCUGCUGAAAGAGUUGUUGGCAAUGGGCAUUACAGAGGACCAGAUUGAGGAGAACGCAGACUUCAUCAAGCUGUAUAUUGAGCAGAAGAAGCACGAUGAGAAGGCUCAAGCUGAGAACGAGGCAAGAAGAGCAAGAGCGCCUCCACCUCCUCUACCGAGCGCACCGCCGACAGCGCGAACCAUAAGUCCUCAAACCACCGGCAACUCGAAGCGUGGGCCUCCUCCAGCACCGCCGCCAGCUCGAAGAACGAAGAGUGAAUUGCCCAAUCGCAACUCGUCCUCGAGUCCUGCACCGCCAUCGCCUCCACGAGAGCCCUCUCCGCCCCCUGGCCCACCGAAACCUGUUUUCAGAGCACCUCCCCCGAUCGCAGAUGCUGGCAAAUUUGCGAACCAACCUCCUGCACCAUCGAACCGAGCACGAGCGCAGUCUGGUGCUGCUUCUGGGCCUCCCCCGCCUCCUCUACCGCCGAAGACCCCAGUACCGGCCGAAGACCAACCUAUGGGAGGCAAAUUUGGCGUACCGCCGCCAUUUACAGGCAGUCGAGUACCUUCAGGUGCACCUCCUCCACCUCCAAGUCGCGGGCCUGUUCCACCUCCGCCUCCUGCGCGAAACACUCCAUCGGCACCUCCUCCAUUACCGCCGAAGACACCAGGAACAUCACUCCCACCUCCUCCUCCACCGAUGAACAAUGCUCCGCCAGCACCACCUCCUCUACCACCAACAGCAUCUCGCCCAGUACCGCCUGCACCUGCUGGCUCAGCACCCGUUCCACCGCCGCUACCUCCUACAUCCUCAAUCCCACCACCACCGCCAAUGCCAGGAAGGUCAAUCCCUCCUCCUCCACCUAUGCCGAACAGUGCGGUUCCCCCUCCUCCGCCAAUGCCAAACAGUGGCGCUCCUCCACCGCCGCCGAUGCCAAACAGUGGCGCUCCUCCUCCACCGCCGCCGAUGCCAAACAGUGGCGCUCCUCCUCCUCCACCGCCGCCAAUGCCCCCAGGCUCUGGACCGCCUCCGCCACCGCCUAUGCCGCCAAGGGAUGCUGGUCCACCACCCCCUCCUGGCGGUGCUCCACCACUGCCAAAGGCAGCUACAGUUGGGCGCGAUGGUCUUCUGGCGGACAUCCGUGGAGGUGCAAGAUUGAAGAAGGUUUCAGACUCGGAGAAGAGAGAUCGCAGUGCAGCAACAGUGCCUGGAGCAGAACCAGCUUCGACACCUGGUGCUGGUGGUGGCUCUGCAACACCGGGAGCAGAUGCUGGCUUGGCUGGAGCAUUGGCUAGUGCACUUGCAGCGAGAAAGGCUAAAGUCAGUCACAGUGAUGAUGAGUCGGACAAGGACGACUGGUAGAUGAGCAUUGUCGAAGAUUGAGACUAGAGGAGAGACACGCACCCGAGCAUACGCUUCUUCCAUGGACUACAAGCCUAACGACAAUGAGACUGCGUAGUAAUAUCGCAGUGAGAUCCGCCAACAUAACGAAUGACGCAGUCGCGGUUAGCUUGUGGAAGAAGCAGCUAG